AUGGAAGACUCAGUCCCUUACUUCUUUCUUUCCCUUCUCUUCUUCCUUGUUUUAAAAAUUUUCCGAUCAAGAAUACGCUACAGAAACCUCCCUCCUAGUCCACCUGUACUUCCAGUUAUCGGCCAUCUCAGCCUCGUAAUGCGAAAACCACCAAUGCACCGGAUUCUCUACGGUCUCUCUCAAAAGUAUGGCCCUAUCAUCUCUCUUCGCUUUGGACGCCGUCUCGUUGUUGUAGUCUCAUCAUCAUCUGCAGUCGAAGAAUGCUUUACCAAGAAUGAUAUCAUCUUAGCCAAUCGCCCACAAUUUCUUGUCGGCAAAUACAUGGCUUAUAACAACACCACCAUGGCUCAGUCCUCCUAUGGUGAUCAUUGGCGCAGCCUCCGCCGUAUUGGAGCCAUUGAGAUCUUCUCUAAUAAUCGUUUAAACAUGUUUCUAAGUAUCCGAAAAGAUGAAAUCAACCGAUUAAUCACAAAGUUAUUGCAUAGGUCCCUUCAAGAUUUUGCCAAGGUGGAGUUGACAUCAAUGUUUAAAGAGUUAACAUUUAAUAUUAUGGUGAGAAUGAUCGCAGGUAAGAGAUAUUAUGGAGAAGAUGUUACUGACGAGGAAGAAGCACGACAGUUUAGGGAGAUAAUGGAUGAAAUAUCGUAUUUAGGAGGGGCAACAAAUCUAGGGGAUUUCUUGCCAAUCUGGAACUGGAUUGAUGGAGGUAGAUUUGAAAAUAAGUUAAAAAGAAUUGCCAAAAGGACCGACGCAUUAUUGCAACGACUCGUAGAUGAACACAGAAGCAAGAAGGAGAAUUUAGAGAGUAUGAACACCAUGAUUGAUCAUCUUCUUUCUUCUCAAGAAUCAGAACCUGAUUAUUACACAGAUGAGAUUAUCAAAGGGCUCAUACUGAAUUUGCUGUUUGCGGGAAUCGAUGCAUCAUCGGUGACAUUGGAAUGGGCGAUCUCCAGUUUACUCAACAAUCCAAGCAAACUGAGGAAGAUUUGUGAUGAAAUAGAUGACCACGUUGGGCAAGAAUCAUUCAUGGACGAGCUUCAUCUUUCCAAAUUACCCUGUCUUCAAAAUGUUAUCUCCGAGACCCUCCGGCUAUAUCCGGCGGCUCCACUCUUAGUUCCCCACUUGUCAUCCGAAGACUGCAACAUUGGAGGAUACAAUGUGCCACGUGACACAAUCUUGUUGGUAAAUGCCUGGGCCAUACACAGAGAUCAUACCUUAUGGGAUGAUUCAUCAAGCUUUAAACCUGAGAGAUUUGAUAAUGAAAAGGGGGCUAGCUUUAAGCUCAUACCAUUUGGAAUUGGAAGAAGGUCUUGUCCAGGUGCAGAGUUAGCUCUUCGCCUGUUGGGUUUGGCUUUGGGGAGUUUGAUUCAAUGCUUUGAGUGGAAGAGGAUCAGUGACAAGGAAAUUGACAUGACCGAAGAGAAAGGGCUUACUAUGCACAAAGCAGAGCCACUAGAGGCUUUGUGCAAAGCACGGCCGAUCAUGAUUUCUCAGCUUGUUAGCUAUCGUUAAAUCACUGGAUUGUAAUUUUCUUCAUUAUCAAAUAAAAAAAAUGAUAUUUUAAUCAAUAUAAAAAAAAAAGUUUAUUAAUUUUCUCUCCCCUCUCUCCUUCUCCUACACUCAUCAUCUGGGAUUCCAAUAAAUAUAAAUAAAUUCAUAAAUUCUUUCUUUCUUGUAAGAAAAAAAAGAAA